UGAGGAAGGACUCGGGGCGGGUCACAUCCAAUGUGAUAGACUGCAAUCUGUGAACACUUCCUCAUUCAUUCUGUCCACGGACACGGAUCGCCAGUGCUUUUAAUCAUUUACACAUUACCAGUGUCAAGAUGAGUUAUCCCGGAUACCCCCCUGCAGGCGGAAGCUACCCGCCCGGAUCAGGACCAUAUCAGCAAGCCCCCGGGGGUACAUACCCGCCCCAACCGGGUGCCUAUCCUCAACAGGGAGGGUUUUAUCCACCUCAACCAGGGGCGUAUCCCCCCGGAGCAGGUUACCCACCCCAGGCCGGGGGAUAUCCUCCUCAGGCUGGCGGUUACCCGGCCGCACAGGGAGGAGGGUUCCCACCGCAGGCAGGGGGUUACCCUGCUGCCCAGCCCGGAGGGUACCCGUCCAUGCCCGCUGCAGGUGGGUGGGGUGCCCAGCCUGGCUUUGGAGCUCCUGGAGGUGGGAUGCCUCAGGGGUACCCCGGAGGUCCUUUCCCAGGACAACAGCCCAUGCCACAACAGCCCAUGCCAGGAUACCCAGGUGCUCCGGCUCCAAACCCGUCAAUGCCCGGGUACGGAGGGGGUGUUCCGCCUGGACCAACACAACCGGCUGUUCCUGCAGCUAAAAUGGGUUACCGUGGAAGCAUGAAGGACUUUCCUGGUGCCGAUCCUCUCCGAGAUGUUGAAGUCUUGAGGAAAGCAAUGAAGGGCUUCGGAACCGAUGAAAAUGCCAUAAUCGAGCUUCUCGGCUCUCGCACCAACAGGCAGCGUGUGCCGAUGGUCGCCGGUUACAAAACCACGUACGGCAAGGAUCUGGUUAGUGACCUGAAGUCGGAGCUGACUGGGAACUUUGAAAGUUUGGUUUUGGCGAUGAUGAAGACUCCUACUCAGUUUGAUGUCUCUGAGCUGAAGGAGGCCAUAGCAGGUGCAGGAACAGACGAGGCCUGUCUCAUAGAGAUUCUGGCGUCUCGUAAUAAUGCUGAAAUACAGGAAAUAAAUAAAUUGUAUAAGGCAGAGCACAAGAAAUCUCUGGAGGACGCCAUCAGCAGUGACACAUCUGGACAUUUCCGUCGUCUGCUCAUCUCCCUGUCUCAGGGUAAUCGUGAUGAGAGAGAGACUGUGGACAUUUCUAUGGCCAAACAGGAUGCUCAGAAACUGCAUGCUGCCGGAGAGAAUAAAGUUGGCACGGACGAGUCCCAGUUUAAUGCCAUUCUCUGCGCUCGCAGUAAACCUCAUCUCAGACAAGUCUUCCAUGAGUACCAGCAGAUGUGUGGCCGAGAAAUUGAGAAGAGCAUCUGUAGAGAGAUGUCUGGAAACGUGGAGUCCGGCAUGGUGGCAGUGGUGAAGUGUAUCAAAAACACUCCCGCCUACUUCGCCGAACGACUCAACAAGGCCAUGCAGGGUGCCGGCACUAAAGACCGGACUCUCAUCCGCAUCAUGGUGUCUCGUUCUGAGGUGGACAUGCUGGAUAUUAGACAGGAAUAUCUGCGGCUGUACGGAAAAUCUCUGUACACCGCCAUCUCUGGUGACACGUCUGGCGAUUAUAAGAAGCUGCUCCUGAAGUUGUGUGGAGGAAGUGACUGAGGAAACAGGAAGUUGGAUCAUAUCUGUGGCGAUCAGAACUGCGGCGUCGUCACAUAAAUACAGCAUAUAUAUCAAUAGUCAAAUAAUCU